AUGAAUUUGUUUACUCCCAUGUUCCGGGGAAAUGAAGCCGGGCUCGAUGAGCCGAAUCAACGAUUCGACAUGGCAGACUCGCCAGAUGAGCUCGACAUGUGCGGUAAGACGCCAACGGCUGUUCAGAAAGAUUCUGAUUUGUUGAUCGCUCAGAAUAUAGAAAUGAAGAACGACAUGAGAAAUGAGGUGGAUCGCCUGGAGCGAGUGUGCACCGGCUUGCAACGCAAGCUAGAAACGCUGGAUGCCGAAGCAGAGGUCUUACGGAGAGCGCAGCUUUCGCAUCAGGAGAAGAUCCGACGUCAGAAGGAGCUUCUCGAUGAGGCGACUGACUCCGCAAAUAUUGCGGUGGCGGAGAACCGGGAGCUGGUUGCCAAAGUAGCAAGACUCGAGAAAUGGACCGACACGAUGGAUGAUACCGAGGCAGCCCAAACGACGCGCCUGCUCUAUCAGGAGUUGGAUGAUUGGGUGAAACGGCAAUUUAUGCGUCCUCUCACCAACGGUAUGUCCGCCGAUUCCGACGUAGACGAGAGGGGCGAAAACGCGGUUUGUCCUACCGGUGAACCAUCGUCCCAUCUUCUUUACGAUAUCGAAAGUGAAAUCUUCAAAUCUCUAUUCGUUUUGAUCCUGGCGCCUUUCAUGGCCGGGUCCAGGAAGUCGACAUGGGAAUACAGUCAGCGGGCGAUCGACCGGGAGGUACAAAAGCUCUGCCCUGUGCACGUCUGGCAGCACUGGCGAUCUGCGACAAGCAUCGCGGCUGCGUCUCUAGAUCACACAAAGCUGGAGGAAACCUGUGACGAGAUUGUACAACACUUCGAGGCGAAAUUCGGACACUUCGCCGUCACUGAUGAGACCAAGAGAAGAAGUCAGUUGAAGCAUAUUCUCUGGAAAUGUGUCACCUUCAAGCAUAAGCUGGAGCGGCAAGGUAACACAUACUGCUUUUGGUGGAGUUCAUCCGGGAUGGCCUUGCGCGAAGAACGCAUGAUGAGCAUCACCGGAGAAUAUCCCCCCGACGGAACAGUUGGGCAGACCUUAUGGCCGAUGCUUUACCGACAAACCCCGAAUAAGUGGAUUAUUGUAGCGAAAGAGGUGGUGGUAAUUAGCUCACCGGCAUCAUACGAGGAAAAGGCGCAAGAGGGCUUGCAGCCCCAAAUUUCGGGGACUCCAGCUGAGAUGCUAUGA